UCUUAUCGGUUGAAGUUUCGGGGUAACAGUGACUGUAUCCUUCCGCGCUCAGUAAGAAGUGCCGACGCUACGGCCUCCGCCAUUUUGAAUGUCUGGUCCCUUCCUUCGUCCGUCGUAACAUAGAGAGAAGAUUCCGGUUGUUUAGUGUCGUUACGGCUGAGGAUGCCAGCUCCGAUCAGACUGCGGGAGCUGAUCCGGACCAUCCGGACGGCUCGGACCCAGGCCGAGGAGCGAGAGAUGAUCCAGAAAGAAUGCGCGACCAUCCGCUCGUCCUUCAGAGAAGAAGACAACACUUACCGCUGUAGGAACGUGGCAAAGCUGCUGUACAUGCACAUGUUGGGUUAUCCGGCACAUUUCGGGCAGCUGGAAUGUCUGAAGCUGAUUGCGUCACAGAAGUUUACCGACAAGAGAAUAGGGUACCUGGGGGCCAUGUUGCUUUUGGACGAGAGGCAGGACGUCCAUUUACUCAUGACAAACUGCAUUAAGAACGAUCUAAAUCACAGCACGCAGUACGUCCAGGGACUGGCCUUGUGCACCCUCGGCUGCAUGGGUUCGUCAGAAAUGUGCCGUGACUUGGCCGGGGAGGUGGAGAAACUUCUCAAAACCUCAAAUUCCUACUUGAGGAAAAAGGCGGCGCUGUGCGCGGUUCACGUCAUUCGGAAAGUUCCAGAGUUGAUGGAGAUGUUUCUGCCGGCGACAAAAAACCUGCUGAGCGAGAAGAAUCACGGAGUUCUCCACACGUCUGUCGUUUUACUCACCGAAAUGUGUGAACGAAGUCCCGACAUGCUCACUCACUUCAGAAAGAAUGAGAAGCUGGUUCCCCAACUGGUGCGAAUCCUGAAGAACCUGAUCAUGUCUGGAUAUUCUCCAGAGCACGACGUGUCCGGCAUCAGCGACCCCUUCCUGCAGGUCCGGAUACUGAGGCUACUGAGAAUUCUGGGAAAGGGUGACGACGACUCUAGCGAAGCUAUGAAUGAUAUCCUAGCACAGGUUGCAACAAACACAGAGACGAGUAAAAACGUAGGCAACGCAAUCUUGUAUGAAACUGUUCUGACUAUCAUGGACAUCAAGUCAGAGAGCGGAUUAAGGGUAUUAGCAAUAAAUAUCCUGGGACGUUUUCUUCUCAACAAUGACAAAAACAUCAGAUAUGUGGCACUGACAUCCCUACUGAAAACCGUGCAGACGGAUCACAACGCAGUUCAAAGGCAUCGGAGUACCAUCGUGGACUGUCUGAAAGACCUGGACGUCUCCAUCAAAAGACGUGCCAUGGAGCUGAGUUUCGCCCUGGUGAAUGGGAAUAACAUCCGAGGGAUGAUGAAGGAGCUGCUGUAUUUCUUGGAUUCGUGCGACCCGGAUUUCAAAGCCGACUGCGCGUCAGGGGUCUUCCUGGCUGCUGAGAAAUAUGCCCCCUCCAAAAGAUGGCACAUAGACACCAUAAUGAGGGUGUUAACGACGGCGGGGAGUUACGUCCGAGACGACUCCGUCCCGAACCUCAUUCAGCUCAUCACCAACAGUGUGGAGAUGCAUGCUUACACGGUACAGAGACUCUACAAAGCCCUGCUGGAUGACAUCUCACAGCAACCUCUGGUGCAGGUGGCGUCCUGGUGCAUAGGAGAGUACGGAGACCUGCUGGUGUCAGGCCAGUGCGAGGAGGAGGAGCCCAUCCAAGUUACAGAAGAUGAGGUCUUGGACGUUUUGGAAGGUCUUCUCGUCUCCAACUUGUCCACCCCCGUGACCCGAGGUUACUCCCUGACUGCCAUCAUGAAGCUGUCCACUCGUUUCAGUGGUGUGAAUCGAAUAAAGAAAGUGGUGUCCAUAUACGGCAGCAGCAUCGACGUGGAGUUACAGCAGAGAGCUGUGGAGUACAACGCACUUUUCAAGAAAUACGAUCACAUGAGGCCGGCCUUAUUAGAGCGAAUGCCCAUCAUGGAGAAAACGGCCACUAACGGCCCGACAGAGAUCGUCCAGACCAACGGAGAGACGGAACCUUCUGUGCUGGAUACAAAACACCCCCCAAGCAUCGUUCAGACAAAUCAGGCAAAUGAUUUGUUAGACCUUCUCGGAGGUAAUGACGUCCCGGUGAUCCAAACAGCUCUGCCCACUAAACCGGCAUCGGCCGGCGGAGAGCUGCUUGACCUACUUGGGGAUCUCACUCUCUCUGGUGGUCCUACCCCUGCCCCUGCUCCUUCUAUGCCCGUAUCCCAGCCGCCGUUCCUUCUGGACGGUCUCUCCACACAGCCGCUCUUCAACGACACCGCAGCAGCAAUUCCCCCGAUGAUCGCGUACAACAAGAACGGCUUGAAAAUCGAGUUUACCUUCGAGAGGUCCAACUUGAACCCUAACAUUUCAGUCAUCACCAUCCACGCCUCCAACUCCACAGAGGCAGAGAUGGCCGACUUUGUGUUCCAGGCUGCAGUACCAAAGACGUUCCAGCUGCAGCUCCUCUCCCCCAGCAGUAAUGUAAUCCCUGCACUCAACCAGGGAAGCGUCACACAAGUCAUCAGGGUUCUUAACCCACAGAAGCAACAGCUGCGAAUGCGUAUCAAGCUGACGUACAACUGCAAAGGUUCUCCUGUUCAAGACAUGGCCGAGGUCAACAACUUUCCCCCUCAGUCCUGGCAGUGAUCGGGCUUCAUUCGAUCUGUAACACCCGCCACACACACACACACACACGAACCAAUCAAGGGAACUGUGAGCUAUGGAGUGCCCUUCCUCAUCUCCUACCCACCCCCUGUGACGUAACUGCACAUCGCUGCCCUGGGGUUGCAUGGGAAAUGGAGAAAUCUUCCCAACACACACACACACACACACACGUAUACACACAUGAUGGCGUGAAAACUAUAAUUAUGAUGACAAUGAUGAACCUGUUCCCUUUUAUUAUUUUUUUUUGGUCUUUUUAUUUUUCUGCUUCAGAAUGAGCACAUCACUUCUCUUACCUGCUCGCACAGAAGUAUGCGGUUUAGUACGUACACACACACACACACACGCACACACACAGCUUGCCCUGACCCUUGUCCUGUCUACAUGGAAUAUACCACUCUAUGGUCACUCUGCAGAGGAGUUUUUUGGAACGAGCGUUUGAUUUUUUUUUUUUUUUUUCUUCAUGUUUUUAAUCUUAGGCUUUCUUUUUUUUUUAAUGAAAGAUUAACAAACAAAAAAGUUAACAAAAAGCUUUAAGCACUUUUUUUUUUUUUUUGAUUCAUGUUUCGGAGUUGGUUUAUAUAACGGGCAUUAAAAAAAACAAAACAACAAAGUCGUCAGCUUUACUGUUCGUCGAUCACACACAAGAUCCGAAAACCGAAUAAUGGCGCACGCUUCGCAAAGGUUUUCCGUUCACUUCACCCCAGUCUUCAUUACACACCUCGGCGAACACCUGUGUGUGAACCGUACAAUAUUUAAAUAACGAGAUCGUAGGUUUGAGUCAGAGACGGCAAUAUCAGGGAGGAUGGCAGCACUUGCCCUGCGUUCACACUAACGUGCGACGAAGUGACGUUUUCUACGUACGUGCGCACGACCCGGAGCUGCGAUUUUGUCAACAAGCCACUUUUCGUAGGUCUAUGCAAAUUAGGAACGAAUCGUUUGUAAAUGCGUCCAAUUCAGACGAAUAGCUCGCAUCGUUCCUCAGGCGGACGUGACGUGAGGCGAAAAGGUCCCACAUUUCUACAGUUUACUACUUUACUGUUUAUAAAUAACGAGAUAAAAAUCCAGUUUUAUCAUAUCCUGUCAUAUACAUCACGUACGUAUAAAUAUCUAUACAGACUGAAAAAAUAAAGCUCGGAAGGAAGUAGCAGAGAUCGUCAAAGCCUCUGAGUGUACGUAGCAAAUUUGGCUAGCUAGCUUUGCUAAUAAAAGCCGACAGCGUAGCUAGCACAAAGUUGAGCAUAAUUUAAAAAAAAAAAAAAACUGCUAGCUUUAGGUUGUUUUCUAUAGCUAUCGGCCACGUACACACAAACGAUGAACACGCCUGACCUUUUUCCCGUUAGUGUGAACGUAGGUUUGUCUAAACGCAGUUCUUUCACAGCAUUCACACGACACUUUUUUUUUUUCCCGGAAUCUCCCUCGUCUCUUUUAGUGUUUUGUCACCAUACAGAUGUAUCGACCGACAUCGUCGCCGAUCAGAAGUCACCAUUAGUCAAACAUCGGUGCAGUACGGAGACAAGUCGAAGUUUUACACUGUACAUGAGGUCCAUCGUGAAUGUAGUUCCAUGCACUGAAUUUUUUGUUUGUUUAGUUUAUUGUCGGAGGUGAUUUUGGAAGUGGGGAGGAAACUCCGUCGGCUGACUUUAAAGCAUUGUGCCUUUUUUGCCAUUACGGUUAAAGCCGAACCGAUCGAUUGGCUGCUUUCUGAAAUCGGAGGAACGUUUAUUUCGUUCCCUGGCGGAUGUCCAGGACGCUGACGUAGGUGCGUAAGUCUGUGUGAUUUUCCUCUUUCUCAGAAAAACAUUGGAAGCAGUAACUUAAAUACCUCGUCUUUAUCGCGCUUUUUUUUUUCUUUUUCUUUCUCUUUCCUUUUGAAAAAGCAUCCAGGUGAUAUAAUGAGGCACGUCUAAGGGAGUGGAGAACGUUCGUGUCUUUACAAAACACACGGCUAACAGCUCUUGUCUCCUCUUACACACGGAUAGAUCGAGCAGAUCGAGAUUAUUCUUUUUUUUUUGUUUGUUUGUUUGUUUUUACACAAAACUCAAAUUCAUCUUUUAGUUCAGUGACCAAAUCAGAGCUAUAACUUAUGUCUUUAUGUUUGGAGAAAACAAAAAUAGUAGUAAGUUUGCAUUGUUACCUGAUGAUUAUUUGAUGUCUUGGGGCUUUUUCUGUACAUAUUGAGGGCUUUUAAGAUGCAUCUAUCCUUUUCACCGUUUAUUUUUCUUUUUAAACAUAUCGACCCUUUUCUAAUCGAAAAUCCUACACAGUAAUCAGUCUAAUUUAAUUACUUCCCUGUUUGAUUGUUUAUUCAGAAGAUUUAGAAGAAAUGUAUUAUCUGCUGCCUGUAUAUUGUAUAUAACUGUAAAAGAUGACGGGAAGAAAAAAAAAACAGAAAAUGAAAUAAACUCCAGUUUGAAGACCUGUGGCGAAGAGUUAGGGGGCUGUACAUGUAUACAAGUGUAAAGAAUCAAGAGUCUGCAUUUCUUUUUCUUUUUUUCCUUUUGAUUUUGUUUCGCUAAUCACAUAGAUGGCGGUCAGAAUGUUGGCGGUUUGAUGCACUACUGAAAUGAGGUUUUGCAAGAUGAUGAUGAUGAUGAUGGUGACGUAUAUAUACACGCCGCAUCGCCGCGCAAACCCUCCUCAUGCUUAGCUUUCUAUUAACAGCUGUCCUUCAGGUCACUGUUGACUAUCACUUUUUUCACUAAAAUACGUCCAGAUCUAUAUUUUUGUUUUCAUAACUUAAUCUCAGUGAAACAUGCACUUUUUUUUUUUAACAUCAGAGGGGAUUUAUUAACAUUGCACUCAUUUCUGUUUAUACUCUGAGUCACAAGUCUCUGAGGAGCGGACUGAUAGAAGCUGUUACUCAUCUUAAAUCAAAAAGGGGAACGGAGAGUGGAGGACGAAUAAAACCAGGCCCUAGGCUGCUUUUUAAGGCUUGUUCUAUUCACUCUGUGUGUGUGUGCGCGCGUGCGUGUGUGUGCACGCGUGCGUACGUGUGUGUGUGUGUGUGCGUGCGCGUACGUGUGUGUGUGUGUGUGUGUAGAGAGGAGUGUCCAAGCUAGAGUGACUUGCCUUCCUGCACCUUUACCUCCCCGUUCUGUUCUUUUGGUUUAUUUUAUCUUGGCUGCAGCUUUUCCUUUCGACUGCAUGUGAAAACCCUGAUUGUAAAUAUUUGUCAUUUUUACUCUUUCUGUAAAAAAAACAAAAAACAAAACAAAAGAACUUCCUGACGAUGCAAGAGAAGAUGCGAGUCUCCCCACCUCUGUGUGUGUGUGUGUGUGUGUGUGUGUGUGUGUUUAACAUUAAAACACCAAGCGUGUCCUUUAACCCCGGUCAAAGCGCCAUGUAUCACACACUCGGAUGUUCCUCUCCUCCAUCUGAAUCCCCUGUUCUAUUCAAUAAACAAACUAAUCAACACAACUUUGAUCUCUGCGAAGCUUCUUUUUUUAUGCUCGCUGUCUAGUCACAUCCGAGCGUAUGGAGGAUGAGGAGGAGGAUGAUGAGGGCUGGGUGUACUUCAUACGUGUUGUCCUUUUUAUUAUUUCUCUCUGUUUCCCCUCAUCCAUAUGUUUGACAUGCUGAACUGAAUCAGUGUCCCGUGUCUUCUCAGAGAGAGAGAGAGAGAGAUGGACUGAAAAUACUUCAUGAUGAUGAAUGAAAAAACUUGUAAUCUACUACAUGGGAUAUUUUAGACUUAUGCUGUGUAUAUUUGUCUUUGGGUUGGAGAAAAUGACCAAGAGAAAUAAAAAAUAAAAAAUCUAAACUAA